CUUUUUGAUCAACACAUCCUCGCGCCUCGAUAUCAAUUUACAACAUCAAUUGGCUUGCUUGUGUUACAUACUGCUAUCCGCUUUCAUCCUAUUGCAAAGCGCUGUCAAGGCACCUCUGACCUCCUGAUCAUUGGCUCCAACCCACCGAAGGCCGCCGGCGACACCUUGUCGCGCGCUAGUUUUGGAUAUACACGAGAGAGACGAUAGCGGGACGGUCGGCGAGCGUCACCGUUCCCACGGCCGCCCAGAGUACUGCAGCAUCUAUUGACCUAGGUGGAGGCACAAGAAGCUGAAAUUCGAGGACGCGACACUCUCCACUCGUCUCAAUGGCGCCGACGCAAUACAGGACCGCGACGCAAACGCGCCGCGGCAAUCGUGCCGGUUUUCCAGAGCCCGAUGACUUUGAAGGCCUUCCCGUGCGGCAAUGGCGUCAGGAAUUGGUGCCCGCCACGACGUCGUCGAUGCAGCAGGAAAUGACCCAGCAGAGCGACCGAUGGGCCGUCGAGCUCCCGUUUGGUAUGCCCAGGGACACACACCUCCUCCCGCCGCACAGCCAGGAACUACUUCGCGCCGCCCGAUCCGGUCGAUUGUACAAGCGACCCGCGCCUGUGGAAGAGGAGGAGGCCGAGGCCGAAGCCGACCCUGUCAAAGGAGAAAAGAAAGAGUGGGACACGUCCAACAACGAAGGGUUCAUGGUCAAGAUGUGGAGGCAGGUGCCGCGGAACGCCGAGACUCCCAUCACGUCCCAUCUAGCGAAGCGCCACAAGAACACUGUGACGCUAGCCUCCAAGGCCGCGGCCACCCAGCUUGCGGGGCCCACCGUCAUCAGAGCCACCGUGCGCCGGAUCGACGCGGCGGGCAACCCCUACGAACAGACCGUCACCCUCACCGAAGGGCAGCAGGUGGACGGCGAGGUUAUUUCUACAACGGUCGUGCCGGCGCCAUCAGCAAACCAGGGAGAGUUGGCGCCUCAACAAGCGACGCCAGUCAGGAGACGGCCGCCGCCUCCAAAGAGAAAGGCGAAGGGCAUUGGGCGGGGCCGCAGGAAGGGCAGACUGCCCCUGCCGUUACCCGCGACGCGCUCGUCGCAACCCUCGGCAACGACAGGCGCAAGUUUGUCCGUUAAACCUGAGGGUGUCGGUGCAGAUGGGAUUAAGAUUGAGGACGCCGAAGACAGCGGAAACCAAGACAGUGAGAUGGCGGAUAUGUCAGGCCUGCCCUCCGAAGAAGAGGAAGCUGGCGAUGGCGACGAAGGCGACGAAGGAGAGGAGGAGGGCGGCGAGGAUGAAGCCGGCGAGACACCGGACGUCGGGAGCCCCAACGGGGAUACGCAGGGCCUGGAGACGGAGGACUCAGAGAUGUCCGAGGCCAUUCAGCCGAGCUCGGUCGAAGAGGCCGACGACGUCCGCCCUGCUCCCUCCGAAGAGGAGGAAGUCACAAUCCCGAAGGCCCGUUCUCACCCGCCGAGUCUCUCUAACCUCCCGCCGCACCUGGCUUCUCCCAAAGGCAGCCCGUUGAAAAACGUCAUGAUCCAGUCGCCCACCGAGCCGGCGCCGCACUCCGCAUCAGGCUAUCUAGACGUCCGCUCUCGCACCAUGGCCACGACACUCAGCUCAGGGACCACAACCACCGUCAGCCAGACCCUUGUCGCAGAGACUACAGUCCAAGGCGUCUCUGACGGCGCCGGAGCGGGGCAGACUGCGGCGGAAUCAACCACCACUACAGAAGCAACAUCGACCACCGCCGCAGCAGUAGCAGCAGCAGCGACUAGCGGGGCUACCGAGCAAAUAUCCGAACCCUCAAACCCUCUCUCAGCAGCAGCACAAGUAGAACCACCACCACCAACGAAAGAAGAGAAAGCAGAAGAAGACCCCCAACCCCCUGACUCCCCCGCCCUCCUGCCGACGGCGGUGGCUGAGGACGAGGACGACGGCUCGCUUAACCUGCUUGGCAGCCUCGAGAGAGAACUCGAUCGCCAGGAAGAGGGGUUAAGCAGUAGCAGGAGCAGGAGCAGGAGUGGGGAAGGGGCUGACGAGGAGGGGAACGGGACGGGGAAGGGUGCUGCUACGUCCACGGAUGAAGGUGGUGGAGGUGAAGGUGAUGAUGGCGUUGCUGGGGAUGCUGCUAAGGGUGGCUUGGCGGACGUGGAGGUACAGAUGGACGAAGACAAGAAUAAUCAGGAUGGGGAUAAGAACAAGGAGGGGCGGGAUAGCGGUACAGAGCAGGCCAAGGGGGAGGAGGGCGCAGGCUUGUCAUCGGCUUGAUUAUUCAUUCUGGUCCUCAUUGUUGAUUAGAAGAGCUCCCUCCUCCUGGGCUGGGUUUCGGGUUGGUUGGUACGGGGCGGUGUAGUUCCUUUACAUACGCCGUAUGGUUCGUUCGACCCUCGUUAUUAUUCUCAGGGUGUUACUGUACGGUAGGAUAAUUACUCUGCGAUCCUGGGUAGAAAAGUUGGGACUUGUAUCAUCUAUCUUUCUAUCUGUUGAAUCAUAGUGGCCUGGUUUGGUUUGGCCUGGUUGAAUUUGGAUUUGUUCGAUUAACCCCUAGCGGCGGCGGCAGGCAUGUAAUACAGACAGAAAUACGGACAU